AGAGCGGCUGGACUAGUUGCCAUUCAACCCAUUGGACAUUCAAAAUGAAGGGCGAACGACUCAGGCCAACAUUUGGCUUGCUUCUGCAAAGCGGCAGCGCCUUUUCAAGGACAGGACAAAUUCGACAACUCCACAAGACACGGCCUGCGCACCCGAUCCCUAAGCCCGUACCUUUCGUCCCCGAUGUGCCGACUUUUCUCACCCUGAUCGGCCGAGGCCUCAACAAAUACGCCAACAAGUUCCCCUCAUGGAACGCUCUCUUCUCCCUCACCUCACCAGAACUCAAGGAGUUGGGCAUCGAACCACCACGAAACCGUCGGUACCUUUUACAGUGGAUGCAGAAAUAUCGAAAGGGCUCUCUGGGAAUUGGUGGGGACUUCCGACAUGUGAAGAAUGGGGAGGCUGUUCUGAGGAUUGCGACGCCACCUGCAAAUACCUUGAAGAACACGAAAUGGGUUGUCAACGUGCCCCACGAUAUCGCCCCUGCGGAGGAAUCAGCUACCGAAACUUCUUCAAAGAAGAGCAAGAAGCCUGCAGCGCAGAAUGAGUCAGAACUAGUACGACCAAACGGAUACACGAUCGUGGGCGCCCAGACGAUCGCCGGACCUUACGCCCAGACUUUACCUGGCGGUUCAGGAGUUGUUGUGAAGGUUACGGAGGGAAUGUGGGAGGACCGCCAAGGUCGCAAGAUUGACGGUGGUGAGCGUAGAAGGGCCGAGACCCGGUUCAAGAAGAGGUCUGCGGAGCGAAGAGCUGAGCGUGAGGCUGAGAUGUUGGCCAAGAUGUAAUAGUUGCACGGCGGCCAAAAGAUACGACAUGUACAAUUUAUUACUGUAGUUUUAGCAGAUAUGAUUGGGGCUUAUGAACAGCUAAGCAAAAGCAUGUUUCACUC